AUGAUCCUCUCGGCGGACCCUCCCGAAGCUCGGCUUGGGCCCCACCCCCGGCGCCGCAGCCCCAGACGGAGGCUCCGCUCUCCCGUCCCCACUUGCCUGCCCUUGGGUCGGCGGUCGCGCGAACCUGGCACCCGUGCUAACUUCACCCCCAACCCACCCGACGGCCUGUGUGCGUCCCGUUUGUCCAUCAACCUAGCAACUUCUUCCUGCUCGGAAGUACAGUUUGUCAGAAGGAUCCCGCCCCUGCCGCGCCGGGCUCGCCGUUGCUUUCUCUCCACACUGCCCGCGGGGACCUCAGCGACUUCUCCGGAGCCAUGGAGCCUGAGACGCUCCCGGGGACGGGAUCGAGGACCUCUUACAGUGCGAUUGUAUUGGGUCCACCUGGAUGAUCGAAGAUUAUCUCUUCAUCUCAACAUCCUUAAUCACAUUGGCAAAGUCCCUUCUCCCAUAACCAACGGGAGCCCGUGUCAGCAGAGGGAGCCCGGCUGCCCCAUGCAGGAACUGAGACUUCUCCUCUUAGGGAGCAGUGGUGCGGGAAAAAGUGCCACAGGAAACACGAUUCUGGGCAAAACUGUGUUUGCGUCCAGAUGUAGUGGCCAGAUGGUGACAACAAUGUGCCAGAGAAUGAGCGGGGCCACGGGAGAGUGGAAGGUUGUGGUCAUUGACACCCCCGACCUUUUUUCCUCCCUGUCUUGUGCCAAAGACAAGCAAUGCAACAUCGAACACUGCUUGGAGCUCUCUGCGCCCAGCCUCCACGCCCUGCUGCUGGUCAUUCCCAUUGGCCAUUAUAAGGUGGAGGACAAAGAGGCAGUCAGGGGCAUCCAUGAGUUGUUUGGAGCUGAAGCCAAGAGGUAUAUCAUUAUUGUCUUCACUCGGGAGGAUGACUUGGAGGAUGUCUCUCUGCAAGAUUACAUCAAAGGGGAGGAGUACCUCACCAAGCUGGUUGAAAACUAUGGAGGCCGAUACUGUGCUCUGAACAACAAGGCAAGCGAGGAGGAGCGGGCCCAUCAGGUGAAGGGGCUCCUCGGCCAAGUCCAGAAUUUGGUGGAUGAAAAUGGAGGACCAUAUAUCGUGAACUUCAGAAAUGAAAGCAGCGGAUUCCUGGAUUGUGUGAAUGAAGCCACGUCUCAGAAGGAGGACAAGCCACAUGGGCAAGAGGAGAAGCAGCUUCAGGCCCCAGGAUGCAAGCCGGAACCUGGGCUGCCCAACCUGAAGGUCUUGCUUGUGGGCAAGCGCGGAGCUGGGAAGAGUACAGCCGGGAACCACCUUCUGGGGAAGCGACAGUUUGAGACCAAAUUCAGCGAAGAGUCAGUCACCCAGAGGUUUGUGUCUGGAAGCAGAAUCUGGAGAGAGAAGGAAGUUGUGAUCCUUGAUACUCCAGACAUCUCGUCUUCAAAGGACAUUAGAGCGGAGCUCCAGAGACAUGACUUUGGGCGCCCCCACGCCUUCCUGCUGGUGACGCCGCUGGGCUCCUUUGCCAAGAAAGAUGAGGCGGUACUGGACACCAUCCGGGGCAGUUUUGGAGACAAAUUCGUGCAGUACCUGAUCAUUCUCCUCACCAGGAAAGAAGACCUAGGGGAUCAGGAUGUAGAGAUGUUCCUGAAAAACAAAAAUAAAGCUCUCUACAAGCUCAUCAAGGCGUGCAAAGACCGGUUCUGCAUCUUCAACUACCGAGUGACUGGGGAAGAAGAAGAGCACCAGGUGGACAAGCUCCUGGAAACAGUUGAGAGCAUGGUGCAGCAGAAUGGGGGCAGGCCCUGCAGCUUCAGAGGGGAAGAUACCCUGAGCAUUGUCCUGGUGGGGAGGAGCGGCACUGGGAAGAGCGCCACCGGAAACACCAUUCUCGGGAGCCUUGACUUCUGCUCUCAGUUCCGAGCACAGCCGGUCACCCAGACGUGCCAGAGCAGCAAGAGGAUGUGGGGCAGGCUGCAGGUGGUGGUUGUGGACACGCCCUCGCUCUGCCUGAUGACCAGUGCCGAGGGGGGUCUGUUCCCUCUGGAGGAGGAGGUCAGACGCUGUUUGUCCUGCUGUGAAGAAGGGAACAAGGUUCUGGUCCUGGUGUUCCAGCUGGGACGGUUCACUCAGGAGGACAGAAGGGCCGUGAAGGACUUGGAGAGCAUCUUCGGAGAGGAAGUUUUGCGGUACACGAUCGUGCUGUUCACUCGGAAGGAGGACCUCGAGUCAGGGGACCUUAGUGACUAUGUCCAUAACACAGAUAACAGAACUCUUAAGAACAUCAUUAAAAAGUGUGGGGGGCGAGUCUGUGCUUUUAAUAACAGAGAAACGGGCCAAGCCAGGGAAAACCAGGCAGUAGAGCUUCUGAAAAUGGCUAAUGAGCUGAUAAAGAGCCAUGGAGGGCAGGGAUACCCCCACGAAUGGGAGAAAGUCAGCAAAAUCAUUAAAAAUGCCCGGGAAAAGCCCAAGCCCAUAGGUUUACUGAAGAAUUUAAAAGAGGUUUUAUCAUAG